AUGGAAAAACGACGUCGAAUAAAUUACCGAUUCCUUUUUGAAAAAGGUGCUACACAUAAAAAUCUGAGUAAGUCUUCUGGUAGAAAAGUUGCGCACAGAUUGAAAAAAAAAAAAUAAAGAUCUUUGUAAAAACCAUGAUCUUUUACGCUCCACUCAGAAUCCAAAAUACAAUAAUAAAUACCGUACUAUUCAUUUAAAUCCAGUUUAAAUCGUGAUAAAUCAUCAUUGUCUUCCUAGUCCAACGUAUGCAUUUGUAGAACCACGUUGAGGCGUUAUCGGCUGACCACCAUCAUUAGUCUUUGUCUUGGAAUUUUAAUAUUACACUCAGUUUACGGCAGCUGCCAUCGACUAAGUUGCCCAAAUAAAAGUAUUUACACGUUUAUUAUAGUACUCAGUUCUCGAAUACAGACGUUGCGGUGAGAUUUUGUUUAAUUACUAUAGUCGCUAUAUUUUGUUUUCGACUUACCGUUGUCACUUUGCAUAUACUAUAGUAUUGCGUAUCAAUUUAUUUGAAUUUAAAUUCUGGAGUUUAAGCGAGUACGUUUUUCAUAUAAUAGUUUACACUUAUUUAAAUAACUACAGCUUUUAUUGUUAUAUUUAUAAAUUUAUAGUUAUUAUUGAAUACCUAGUCGAAAUGUACAAAUACUUUACAGUCAUGUACAUUUUCCACGGAUCUCCUAAUUUAAAAAUAUGACAUUUUUCUUGGCCCAAUCGCCAGUAUUGGAUAGUAGAACAAAAAUUAUCGUUAGUAUAUAACAGGUUUUUUUAUUUUUGCACCGAGGGGGCUGGAGAACUGAUCAAAAUUGCCAAUUUUAACAAUUUCUUAAUUUUUUUUUUUUUUUUUAUCCAAUCGUUAGUACCUAUGCCAUUAGUAUUAGAUAGCAGAAAUAACCUAUAACCAUCGAUUAUAAAUACUAUAGAUUGUCCACUGACACGUUUAACGUAUGCGUAAUCAGUUCUUGUUCAAAUAAUUGUCGCAAAUUUCUCAUGGUCUCGAAUACGUCUUCAUACUUGGGCUUGUGACGAUGCAGAUCUUUCGUAAUUAAGUACAACAAUCUUUGUUUCUCGCGAUUGAUUUGUUUUGUAGUUUUACGCUUUCAUCCAGUCUGAAACGCUGUUUAAAUUUUCGAGCUAUGCUCCGAGACAUUUCUAAAUCUUUCGAUGCACAGUGUGCGCAGUAGUGCGUAAUGCUGCGGUGCGUCGAACAAGUCGCCUUCUACUUCUUCUAUCACGCGAUUGUUCAUUAUCGGUUUGUCAUAGUUCUCCCGUUCCCGGUAAGUAGACACUUAGUAUUCGAAGUAGUUGACGUGCACAAUGCGACUAAGAGCAUCGGCAUUAGCGUCUAAGAUUCCCGGUUUACACACUCCCAUAGUCGUGCUUUUCAAGUUUCAGUCGCCAGCAGACUAGUCUGGCUCCGGGAUCGGAGACCGAGAGUAACCGAGUUAAAGGUCGGCGAUCUGUCGGUGUUCAAUACGUUUGCGCAAUGUAUAUCUUCGAAGAGCUGUAAGGGGCUAAGUAAAGCUGCGAAGGGCAUGUAUCAACGCAUCAUGGUCGGUUCCAACAAUGUUCGGGGUACACACCGGUAUGACCAUCUCGUUCCGCGCUGGUUCGAUGAAUGCGCUGUCCGAUACGUUCGAGCUGAGUAUACCCUCUGCAAGAUUUAUUACGGAAAAAAUUUUCUCUAGAGAAGGACGACCGAUAACCCCGUAUCGUGGUAACGGUCGAAAGGUCGUAGGUACUACUUGAAAUAUAGUUUUCUGAACAUGAAGUUGUGCAUGUGUAUGUCUAGUCAAAUGGAACCCAGCGUUUCCGUUUAUUCCUUGAAUGUAUCGUUGACGUUUGCUUUUACGUCGUCCGAUAUGGAAUCCGGUCUGAUCAAGUUAAACUCCGCUCCGAUGUCGAUCAGUAGAUUAGCAUUAUUUUGCGGGCACUGCGGAAAACUGAACUUGGCGUGGUUGUCUACUAAAUUAGCAGUUAUUGCUCGGAUCGGCUAG